AUCAAUGUUUGCAUGCCAUUGUCCCACACCCUAUGUGUCAACCUCUGUUUAUAUUACUUUUUAAGAACAUGACUCUUUCAAUCACUCGUAUUUAUUUAUAUUUUUUUGGGCAAAUUAUAUAUAUAUAUUUGUGACAGACAGUAUCUCCUGCAGCCAUGUAUAAGAAACACUUGGGUGGUAGCUGAAUUUCGAAGCCUGAUAUCACUCUGAGAAAAAAAAAAAAAAAAAAAAAAAAGUUCACCCCUUUCACCUGUAUAUGAUUUCAUUUAGUUUUCCUCAGAUUCUGAUCUCAAGAAAGUUCCCAAAGAUAUGGAAGAUGAAAGGCGAACCAUAUUGUUAUCGAACCAAAAAGACCACGAAUUGCAUGAAGGAAUCGAAUUGAAAAGCUUCAUGUCCUUCCUCAAAUGGGUUUGCGUGGACCAGUCCAGUCUUUGGAGGGCAAGUCUUUCAUGGUCGGUGUUUCUCUUCCUUGCCAUUGGAGUUCCAGUUCUAUCGCACUUCCUUCUGGAUUGUUCUUCCACUUGCGAUGCCGACCAUACAAGGCCUUACCAUGUUCCUGUCCAAAUCUCUCUCUCUCUUUUCGCUACGCUUUCCUUCUUUUGCAUCUCUCGCUGGGCUCGUAAAUAUGGUCUCAGGAGGUUCCUCUUCAUUGACAAACUCUUCGAUCACAGUGAGAAAGUCCGCCAUGGAUACAAAGAACAGCUUCAGAAAUCCAUGAGGCUUCUCUAUGUGGUAGUCCUCCUUUUCUUUGCCAUUGAGACUGCCUACAAAAUUUGGUGGUACAUUUCAGGAGGCACACAAGUGCCACAUUACGGUAAUCUAUAUCUAAGUGACACCAUUGCUUGCAUAUUGGAGAUAUGUUCAUGGCUUUAUCGAACCACACUUUUCUUCCUCGUAUGUGUUCUCUACCAGCUUAUUUGCUUUCUGCAAAUACUGAGACUUGAAGAUUUUGCUCGAGUUUUCCAGAGAGAAACUGAAGUGGAAUUAAUCCUCAUUGACCACCUCAGUAUCAGAAGGAAUCUUCGGAUUAUAAGCCACAGGUUCCGAGCAUUUGUCUUGCUCUCUCUUAUUAUGGUCACAGCUAGUCAGCUUGCUGCCUUGCUCAUGGCAACAAGAGCUAGUUCUCAAGUCAACAUUUUCAAGGCUGGAGAGCUUGCGUUAUGCUCCAUGAGCCUAAUCUCAGGGCUUUUCAUAUGCUUGCGUAGUGCAACAAAGGUGACUCACAGGGCACAGUCAAUUACUGGCCUUGCUGCAAAGUGGCAUUUAUGUGCUACAAUAAACUCUUUCGAUUAUACAGAUGGCGAAACUCCAACGACACAAAUUUCUUCUGCUCAAGUGUUCCCCUUAGGUUCUGAGUGUGAAUCAGACACCGAAGAAGGGGAUGCAGAUGACGAUUUGGAUGAUGCCAAGAUGGUACCAAUUUUUGCUCAUACAAUCUCAUUCCAGAAGAGGCAAGCUUUAGUUAAUUAUUUAGAGACCAAUAGGGCAGGAAUCACUGUAUAUGGGUUUGUGGUGGAUAGAGCAUGGCUUCACUCCAUUUUCGCGAUUCAACUUGCUCUGCUUCUGUGGUUGCUCAACAAGACGAUUGGUAUCUCGUAAAGAAAUUAAGUGUCUUCUUAUCGGUCUCAUCUCUUAUUCAUUAGCAAUGGAAGUUUCCAUAAUGAGCAUAUUGAAUGUAUAUUUUAUGUAUAGGUCGUUUGGUGUAUGAAAUUUUGUUUACUUUGUUUGACCUGUUUAUUUAUGGAUUAUAUAAUAGAAAAUAAUUUCCCCAUUGACUUA